CCUCACCACCACCACACUCUUUUCUAGCUGUCAUUCUCUUCUAGUCGCUCUUUUAAAACUACUCAAAAGUCAAGCAAAACCAAUACCUAUCUCAAUCUCAUCACAAUGACUGCUCAUCAUCGCCGCCAUCAACGUCUAGCAAUGGAUCGUCGCCAGGCUACAAAUUCGGGCUCUUCUGCAGGAGGUACGACGGCGUCAGAUAAGCCAACGUCAACGACGUCAACAACGCAGCGAACGACAGCCUCAACUACGAGCACCUCCCCCACGCAACAAACUUCGACAACGCCCGAGUCAAAGCCAACGACGUCGAAUACACAGCAGCAGCAGCAAUCUACCACCCAGACGACACCAACGACGUCACUUACCGCCACGCCAACGGCGUCCACGACAACGCCCACCACGGCACAUACCAGUCCCACUUCCUCUACCACACAGAGCACACAGACGACCCAGCAACAAAAUACAUCGCUCGCGCAGAACCAGAUCACCAAUACGGCUCAGCGAGGAACGAGUACAGUCUUCUCUACGGCACUCGGAGGGGUAUCGAGUUCUCAUACAUCUGCGUUGCCCACAUCUACCACUGGCAGCGAUAAAGGUGGCAAUGGCGGGACGAGCGCAGGAAAAGUCAUUGGAACCGUGGCGGGUGUCGUUGGUGGAAUUGUCGCCAUCUGCGUGAUUGCUGCCUGGAUCAUGCGAAUUUGGCGUAAGAAACAGGACCGUGAGGCUGAAGAGGCUGCUGCAGAUGCGUUCAGCGCCAGCGAGUUCCGUAAAUCUGCCGUGUUGCUGCAAGAUUCUUCCCCACGUUCUCCGAGACCACCCAGUAUCAUCGAGAGGAGGUUGAACGCUGCCCCUAUAUCGGUGAUAAGCAGUUCCGGUGGGUAUCCUUCUCAGCCCGUACAGGGUUACGGUGGAGGAUACCAUGGUGCGGGCCCGGGCGGAUAUGAACAAGGAGGAUACGACCGGGGUUCGUAUUACGAGUACCAGCAAUACCAACAGCAGCAAUUACAGCCGCAGUUUCAAAUGCCCCCCUACUCGCCGACCUCAGCUGACCCGUUCAUGUCUUCAGCCGCUUCCCAUGUUGGGUCCCCUAUUCCCCAAACGUACAGCCCUGCACCUUAUGCACCUCAAUCGCAGGCGGGUAGUCUCCCGGUGUCUGCCAGUCAGCCUAUGCUCUCGCCUACCGCUUCUCAGCAGGACAACAGGCUGUCAACGGCGUCUUCGAUCCUUGUCAAUCCUCACGAUUCUGUUGCGUUCGGAACGGGACCUGUGGAUAUGGCGAGACAGAGUAGCUUCUGUAGUCUUCCUGGAUCUCCGACGACGGUUUCGCCUGCGCAAGGAUUGGAGUCGUUCUUGAGGGAUCCGAAAAAUGGUGAGGAUCAGGUGAAGCAUGAGGGGGUGAACCCUAGUGCGAAACGAGACUCGGAUGUUAUUGAUGCUUAUCGGUACUAA